ACUUCUAGCUAUUGGAGCCUUUAAAAGACGAACACCUAUGAAAAAUUGAAAAUGUACCUAAGUGUAAACAUAGUUUUAUUACAAUGGUAUUACUAUGAUUUAGAUUUGUUUUUGCGUUGCUUUGUGACGCUAUUCCGCCUCUUAAUAUAUCGUUUCUGGAUUUGAACUGAACUAUUGUCAUAAAGAUGAAUUGUGUUGUCCGCUAAGGCUAACUGCUAGCCCAAAUGGCUAACAGUUUCGAGAGAAGAAGCGGCUAACUGUCGCUUAGCUGGCCGAGUUAAGUAAACAUGCACCGAUGAGUGACAGCAGUCACCGUUAGGAGGGAAUAUUUAAUGACGUUCACAGUCCUGAUCACGAACAUGAGCCUCGCUCUCAUCUGUUGUGAUGUGAAGCGCUGAAUGCAGGUCAAAGACGUAAUCACGAAUCUAGGCAGGAAGCGCGGGGCUGGCGGGAUGCUGGGGGUGGGAGUGGGGGUGUUGGAUCUGUUGUUUGGACCUUUUCACGGCAUUCGGAGGAAGACAGCGGGGUCAACAUGGAUGAGAAACCAGAAGGAGAACCAACUGAAGCCCACUCUGUUGUGGCAGAGGACUGUCUGGGCAAUAAAGAAAAUGUCAUAGAACUGUCAUCAGAAGACGAGGAUUGUUUACUUUAUGUUUCUGGGCAGCAGAAAGCCAAACAAGCAAACGGGAAAUAUGAGAGAAGCCUGAAAGAGGAGCCUGCAGAAGAGUACCAGGCAACUCAGAAGAGCGGUGGCUGCAGCUGUAAUGUUGCAAAUGUCCUCAGUUUAGCAGUUUUUCAAAAUGAAGGGGCAAUGCGUCUGAAAGAAAUCCUCCAGGCUGUGUCUUCUGCACCUUUUUGCCUGUACUUGUAUGUUGGGGUAAAGCUGGAAAAGGAAGAGGACACCAGCUUUGUGCUGAUUGGUUAUUUUGAUCAGAGUUUGGGAAAGAGUGUGGUGAGACCACUCAAGACUCUGCAGCUAAGUGUGGAUGCAACUGACCCACAAACAUCCACACCCAUUCAUGGGGUGAGACCAGAGGAUUCGGAUGCACGGCUUCUGAUUAAAGCAUUGAAGGACCUUAACCUUCCCCUGUCCAACCUCUCGAUGUUUUACUGUUCUACUCCACACCCCAGUGUUAGCCACGUGUUCGUAUCCCAGCUUCAAGCCUUCAACUCAAAGUUAAUCUCGCUCUGUGGCAUCCCCGGGAUGGCGGAAAGAGCCUGCCUCGCUGGACUCACAGCUUCCUUUGGGUGUGUGGUCGACCUGGUGAAAGAGAUCCACCACUACUACUCCACCUGCCUGUCCGUUAAUGACACCCUGAAAGAGGUGUUUGCUGGUGUGGAGUCUGUUGAUCCUUUCCAUCCUGGUUCAGAAAGGUCUUCAUUUAUUAUCCGCACGGUGCAGAAGAUGGUUAGCUGCUGGCAGGACUUGGUGGAAUAUUUCAAGUCACUGGCGAACACGGAAGACACCAAGGGGAUUAAGACCCUACUAAUGGACGAUGAAACCCAUCUACGUUUCCUGUUCCUGGCAGAGACUUUAGAGCCUCUCCGAGGUCUUCACGAGCUGCAGAUGUCAGGAAAUGCAGACUUGGCUGUUGAGUUCCAGCUGACAGCUCUGAUUGUUAAAUCCUACGCAGCCAGCAUCUUACAGCCAUCUGCGGCAGAGCGUUUUCUUAGGAGACGAGACGCGUGUCUGCUUGAUGAUGAGACCCAGCUCCUUCCUCUAGCUCAGGUGAGAGUUGGCUCUCAUGUCAUUGAGUUAAUGGAAGGUGGGAGCAAGAGUUUCAUCAUGAAAAACGCACAGACCUUCUACAAAGCAGCUCUUUGGAGUUUGGUGAAGAGCCUACCCGAGCAACUUGGGGACACGUCUCUACGAAACAUUGAACACCUGCUCAAAGACCCGCAAAACACGACUCAGGACCCUCACUCGUACUGCCAAAUGCUGUCAGAACUGGGCGUUCAUGUGGACCAGUGUCCCACCACCUCUGCUGAAGAGGACCAGCUGACGUCAGAGUACGUCUCUUUCAUGCAGACACUAAAGAAAAGCCACUGUGUGAAUGGAGGCGAUUAUUCCUGGACUAAGAUGUUGCACAGCCUGAAACCAUCUAGUGCUCUGCACCGAUUCCUCCUGACCCUCCUGGCUCUGCCUGCCUCUCUGGACUCCAGCAAAGUGUUGGCUAAGGUGUCGAAGAGCACCAAGUGUCCACAUGUCAGCCACCUAAGCCCCAAAGCCACCCCUGACCCUGGAAGGUCUGGAAGAAGAGCCGCUACCGUCCAACGGAACCGCUGCGGCAGGAACAGAGUGAAGCUAAAUGAUGGGAGUUCUUCGGACGACGAUGGCAACAGCACAUCCAGGUCUGUGCGGUGGCAGGCUGGAAGGCAGUACGACAGCAUUGACAUGGACGAGUACACAGACCACUCCUCUGACGUCAUUGACGUGACAGAGGAGUCCUUCAUCUCUGAGCCCUGCAGAACCAGCAGAAACAAAUGGGAGGUUAACAAACGGGGGGAGCUGGUGCUUGUUGUGACGAGUGAUGAGGAGGAUUUGAGCUCAGAAGCGUCUCAGGGGGAUCUGGUGUGGGGGCUGAUUGAGGGCUUCUCCCCCUGGCCGGGGGUCGUCAUUCCUACCAGAGGAGAACAGCAGCUUCCGGGGAAGAGGAUGGUGGAGUGGUACGGCCAGAAGAUGACCUCUCAGAUCACUCUGCAAAAUCUGAAACCGUUUGCAGCCUUCAGCCAACACUUCUGUCCCAACUCCUACGCCACCCUCAUCACCUACAGAGAGGCCAUCUUCUCAUCCCUGCAGGAGGCAGCUCUGCGCUGUAAGAAGCAGUUUUCUGUUCCUCUGAAGGAGAGAGAAAAGCUGCUGAAACAGAUGCUGGACUGGGCAGAAGAAGGCUUCCAGCCCACUGGACCAGAUGGAUUCAAACCCGCAACUGUAGAUGAUGGGUUUAUUAAUGACAGCACCAGACCAAAGGCGAAGAAGAAACUCUUCCAUCAAGCCUCUCCUCCCUCAAACAUCCCCAGCCAGAGAAAAAAGAAUCCUUUCCAGGCCAGAAUAAGUGAAGUGACGCUCUCUUUAAACCAACUGUCAUGUCAACUAACUCCAGACUCCUCUCACGCCAAAGAUGUCAGUCAUGAGGAACUUGAUGUAGUGGUAAAAAGGUCUGCUGCUGUGCUGAAGCAGAAGAGAAACCAAAGAGGAUGGACCAAGGUGGUGGCAAGACGAGGGGAGGGAGCAUGGGAGGAGGAGAAAGUGGAGCUCCCAAAAGGAUGGGAAGCAAGGAAAAGUGGAUGGGGUAAGAAGAGGGCUAUAGAGAAGGCUUACAAGAAGACGAGCAGCCUCCUUGAAGGAUUUGAUGAUGACAUGUCGCCGGACUUCAUGCCACAGCGGAAAAGGAAUUAUGCCAAGGCUUACAACAAGGUCAGCCAGGCAGCCAGCGUCUACCAUCAACCUAACCAGAAACUCAGAGAGGACAUCAUUAACAAGAUAAUGAAGAUGGAGCUGAAUAUUGAAGGUUUCUGUUUGUGCUGUGGAACUGAAGAUGUGAAGAUCUCCCACCCUCUGUUCAAAGGCAGCCUGUGCUUAAAGUGUAAGGAUAACUUCACAGAAACUCUGUACCGCUACGAUCAGGAUGGCUAUCAGUCCUACUGCACCAUCUGCUGCUACGGAAUGGAGGUCAUUCUGUGUGGGAAUGACAGCUGCUGCAGAUCGUACUGUAACGACUGCCUGAACAUUCUUGCUGGUCCGGGGACCUUUGAGUCCCUGAAGGUGCUGGAUCCUUGGAUCUGCUACCUGUGUCAGCCUCACAAACCUCACGGAGCUCUGGUUCCUAGAGAAGACUGGAGCAUUCGUGUGCAGGAGUUGUUUGCUAACACCAGCGCCAUAGAGUUUGAGCCUCAUCGGGUCUACCCGUCUAUUCCGGCCAGUCUGCGCCGCCCGGUUCGAGUCCUGUCCCUCUUUGAUGGCAUUGGAACGGGCUACCUGGUGCUGAAGGACCUAGGAUUCAAAGUAGAGAAAUAUGUGGCCUCAGAGGUCUGUGAGGACUCCAUUACGGUUUCUGCAGUCAACCAUGAUGGGAAGAUCCUUCAAAUCGGAGACGUGAGGUUCAUCACCAAGGAGUUUAUGGAGGCUUGGGGUCCAUUUGAUUUGCUGAUCGGUGGCAGCCCCUGUAACGACCUUUCCAUUGUAAAUCCAGUCAGAAAGGGCCUUUAUGAGGGCACAGGCAGACUGUUCUUCGAGUUUUACCGCAUCCUGCAGCUGCUGAAACCCAAAGAGGACGACCCCAGGCCGUUCUUCUGGCUUUAUGAGAACGUGGUUUUCAUGAACACACACGACAAAGUCAAUAUUUGCCGCUUUCUCGAGUGUAACCCUGUGCUGGUGGACGCGGUCAAAGUCAGCCCCGCUCACAGAGCUCGCUACUUCUGGGGAAACAUACCAGGAAUGAGCAGGCCCAUCAUAGCCUCCCAGAAUCACAGGCUGACCCUGCAGGACUGUUUGGACAUUGGAAGACAAGCUCGGGUAACCAAGGUGAGAACCAUCACCACCAACCCCAACUCUCUGAAGCAAGGCAAGAACGUGUCGCUGCUGCCCGUCCUUCAUAACGGCAGGGAGGACAACCUGUGGAUCACGGAGCUGGAAAAAAUCUUUGGGUUUCCCAAACACUACACCGAUGUGAGGAACAUGAACCGACAGCAGAGGCAGAAGGUGCUGGGGAAGGCGUGGAGCGUCCCCGUCAUCCAUCACCUCUUCGCCCCCCUCAAGGACUACUUCACCUGCAAGGAGCUGCCUUCUGUGAACGCACCGUCGCCUCCGGCGUCUCCGCCUCUUCCCCCUCCUGGCGGACCUGCAGCUGCUGGGCUGGAGUCUCUGUUUGCCAGCAGAAGCUGCCAGAACAUCUAGAAGGAAAAUGUGGGACAGAAGCUCUGUGGAGGACGCUGUUGUCUCUAUGAUUGGUGCUGCUUUUGUCUGUAGCCUUCUACCUCCCACAUGACAAACAUUUGAGGGAAAAGAAGAAGAAGAGCUUCUUCAAACUCUGGAGUUUUUAGAGGUGUGUGUUUGUGCUCCUGAUUUGAAUCAUGCAUGUAGUUUGUCUUAAAAACAUCUGAACCUCAUUCUUGAUGUGGAAAACUGGAAUUUUCCGGAAAACACAAAACCAACAUUUCUCAGCCGGGGUUUUUGUUCUCCACCGAUUUAUCCUUUCACUUUUGGGGAUUUCAAGAUAGCACCUUUGCCCAACAGUAGCUGGGAUAGGCUCCAGCAACCCUGUGACCCCGAAAGGGAUGGAGGCAGAUUGUGAAGAUGGGUGGGUGAUCUGCAGCAGGGGUGGGGAAACCUUGGGCCCGGGGGGCCACAUCAGCCCGGUGCACCAUUUAAUCUGGUCAGCCCAACCCUUUAUUUCCCCUGUUAGUCUGGUGUCUCCCCAUAGAUCAGGGAUGUCCAAUUCCGAGCCUCAAGGGCCGGUGUCCUAUAUGUUUUCCAAUCAACCUGCCGUUGAAGCUCUUUAUUGGCUAAACACACCUGAUCCAGGUAAUCAGCAGCAGAUGAGGCAGAGUUUCUGGAAAACCAGCAGGUUGCCGGCCCUUGAGGCCUGGAUUUGGACACCCCUGCCAUAGAUGGUGCUCCACAAAGAAACUGACCUUUUUCUAGCUGCAUUCAUGUGCUGUUGGAAGAUUUGUUGUUUUUCUGAUGGUCAUGAGUGUUUUCUGAGUGGGACAGACAUUUUGGCAAUCAUGCCAACACCACAAACGCAACAUUUCUCUUCUGUCUGUGUUUUCUCUAAAAGAGACAUCAACCCGGUGCUGCAAUUGGCCCUAAACUGAGAACAAAAGUCACCGUUUGAAAUGUUCUGUUUUAAAACAUAUAUAUCCAUUUUCAAUCAAAGUUAAAGGGUGUUUGCAUCCAGAAUCUAUUUCUUUUUCUCAUGAGGUGGAUUACCCAAAUUCUGCUCCUGGUUCGGCCCUCGUGUCAAAUGUUAGACCCCUCUGUGGCCCACCAGGCACAAAGUUUGCCCACUCCUGCUCUACAGUGUCCACAUGUGUGUGUAGCACCUCUGAUGUUUGGGAGGGAAGCCGCUGCUCUGUUUGCUGCUUUCUUCCAUGCAGUUCUCUAAAAGAAGACGACUCCUUGUGUUUGGUAGACGUUUCUGUCUGCGAGCUGCAAAAACAAGUUUCAGAGAAUUAAGCAGAACUUUUAUUUUCUUGUUUCUGUCUAGAUUAGUCAUGAAAAUAGUUCUUUUUUUUCCAGAAUGACGUCAGUUUAAUGUAGUGAAACCACUGAUUGAUGUUGCUUUACACACAGAGUGCUGCUCCUUGAGAAUAUUUCUGAAUGACUCCUCACAGAUGAGUCACUCCAGGCUGAAGGAAACCAUCUGAACCUUAGAAAUGAUUGUGUUCCUGUGUGUAAAACCAAAUAAAGGUUUGGUUGAAAUGACUAGAA